ACAUUACACUUCAACCAUCUCCACUCACCAUCUCCAUAAAUGCCCAACCUCUUGCUGUGUUCCAUCCCAUCCUCAACGCGAACUUGGUGACAUGGGCACUUCUCCCGCUAGCGUUGCUGUUCCACUCCUAGUGUUGCUGGGUGCAACCAUAUGUAUUGCCUCUAGGGUACGCUUCGUAGAGACAGCGCCAUAUGGUGCAGGCCACGGCAUUGGUGGGGGCUCCGGCUACGCUGCUGGAGGUUCUGGCGGUGGAGGUGGUGGUGGCUCUGGCGGUGGCUAUGGAGUUGGGGGCCAGUUCAUCCCUGGUUAUGGUACCGUAGGGGAACAUGGCGUUGGCUAUGGUAGCGGCUACGGCAGUGGUGGCGGUGGUGGUGCCGGCUAUGGUGGUGGAGGUGGGGGAGGUUCCGGCGGUGGUUAUGGAGGUGGGGGAGAGUCUGGUGGUGGUUUAGGAGGAGCUUAUGGAGGUGGAUAUGGUAGUGGUGGAGGGAGCGGCGGUGGUGUUGGAUAUGGAGCCGGAGGCGAACAUGGGAUUGGCUACGGUGGUGGGGGAGGUAGCGGUGGAGGAGCUGGUUAUGGUGCUGGAUCUGAACAUGGGGUUGGCUAUGGGAGUGGAGGUGGUAACGGCGGUGGCUAUGGUGCUGGCGGUAUUGGAGGUGGAGGUGGAGGUGGUACAGGCGGUGGUGUCGGUUAUGGUGCUGGCGGCGAGCAUGGAGGUGGUUAUGGUGGCGGCAAUGGCGGUGGCGCGGGCUAUGGUGGCGCUGGCACAGGCGGAGAGUAUGGUGGUGCAUAUGGAGGUGGUGGCGGUAAGGGUGGCGGUGGGGGUAGUGGCUUCGGAGAAGGUGGAGAACAUGGUGUAGGUUAUGGAAGCGGUGGUGGCAGUGGCGCGGGCUAUGGUGGCGCUGGCACAGGCGGAGAGUAUGGUGGUGCAUAUGGAGGUGGUGGCGGUAAGGGUGGCGGUGGGGGUAGUGGCUUCGGAGAAGGUGGAGAACAUGGUGUAGGUUAUGGAAGCGGCGGUGGCAGUGGCGCUGGUGGUGGGUAUGGUGCUGGAGGAGCACAUGGCGGUGGAUAUGGUGGUGGUGGUGGUAGUGGCAUCGGUGACGGAUAUGGAGCUGGAGGAGAGCACGGUGUUGGUGGAGGUGAAGGAUCCGGAGGCGGCGCAGGGUACGGUGCCGGCGGGGAGCAUGGAGGUGGGUUUGGUGGUGGAGGAGGAGCUGGUGGCGGUGCAGGGUACGGUGGUGCAGGAGGUUAUGGAGGUGGCGUUGGCGGUGGAUCAGGUGCCGGAGGUGGAUAUGGCGGAGCUGGUGGAUAUGGAGGUGGGGCUGGUGGAGGCUCAGGUGUCGGAGGUGGAGCUGGUGGUUAUGGAGGCGGCGCUGGUGGUGGUUCGGGUGCCGGAGCUGGCUACGGUGGUGGACACGCUCCUUGAGAGAGACCUAAAGAAGCCCUUGGAAUCUAUCAUCUAUUAUAAGUUAUUUACGCUACUAAAAAAACAGAAUAAUUAUAUUGUUGUCGGUGUUGUGUAUGGGCUUCAAGUUUGGUAUUGCAAGCUCUGAGCAAUGUGUGGAUUGAUCGUAUGAGGGUACUUUUAAAACCUAAAUUCCUAUUUGCAUAACGUUGAUCGAGUCAUUA